AUGCAGGGAAGGCCUUUUGUUGUAGAAAUGGAUGAUCCCCGUCGAGUUGAAUUCUCUGCAAAAGAUAUCCUGGAAAUACAGAAGGAAAUCAACAAGUCAGCUGAUAUUAAAGUCAGGGAUUUACAAAUUGUUGACAAAAAAGAUGUAGAUAAAUUGAAGGAAGGUGAAAUUGAGAGAACAAAGACCUAUUCUGCCCUGCGCUGGUCUAAAGAAUCUUUUUCUGAGGGACAACUUAAUAAGCUCCAGGAAGUCAAGGAUCUUGUCAUUUAUCAAAAGACUCCGAUUCGAGUCCUACACCGGCGCCCUCUAGCAACAAGGGAGAGAGUAGUUUACAGCAUGUCAGUGCAGAAAAUAGAUGAACUUCAUUUCACAUUGAGUCUCUCAACACAGGCCGGCACCUAUAUCAAAGAGUUUGUUCACGGAGAUUUCGGGAGAACUACUUCAAACCUUGGAACCCUGACUGGGGUGGAGUCCUAUGAUUUUUUUUUUAAUUUACACAGUGUUGAGUUGGAUUGGCCUCCAAGCUUAGAAGAAAGCUGACAUAUUUUUGUGUUCUAGACUUAAUAAAUUUUGUAUUUCAGUUCAAUCUUUGUGGUUUAUUUCCCCAAGAAAUUUUGAUGUGCAUGAAGCUUGCAAACAUACAUGUAUUUUCAUUCAAUGUUUGAAAAGUUAAGUCUUAUUGA